AUGAGAUACAAUACGAAUUCGAUCGCUCUCCUCCUAAUCAGAGACACUUUCCUCAGACUCCCGAAACGCUUCAAACCCACGAUAUUACAACCAAGGAGACCAUUUUGCUCCAAGGCUCCGAAUACGAACACCACCACAAGCUAUAACCAGAGCGGUGGCAAUGCUGAGGAGACAAGUCUGAGUAGAUACCAGGACUCGCUUAAACAACUGGACAAGCUCGACUUCAUGAAAGCUGCAAAAAUCCUCUUCACUGGUCCACCUUCCAAAAGGAAGUUUGGGCUCGAUUUCCAUUUGGUACAACUGUUCUUUGUUUGCAUGCCUUCCUUGGCUGUGUAUCUGGUGGCUCAAUAUGCUCGCUACGAAAUCAGAAGAAUGGAAGCGGAACUGGAGCAGAAAAAGAAGAAAGAAGAAGAAGCGAAAGCAAAAGAAAAAGAAAUAGAACUAAAGGCUGCUGAAGAAAAAGAAGCCUCUAAUCCGGAACUUUUGGAGGUAAGAGUGAGACUAGAUAAACUUGAAGAAACUCUGAAGGAAAUUGUGGUUGAAUCAAAGAAGCAAAUGAAUAGUGGCCAAACAAAAGAGCAUGAAGGAGGAAAGGAGAAGAAAGAUAUUGUAACAGAAGCAAGUAGCCGUAGUAGUUCAGAAUCUAGCCAGCCGGCUGAGAAAGAUCCUCUCAGUAAACAGGAUUCUGUAGAACCAGGACCAGCCCUCAGCAAAGAGCGGGUAGUAGGUCAGCACCCGGUUCCUAAUGCUCACUUGCAGGAUAAGGAGGGCAAGACCCCAGCUUCUGAAGAUGCUAAAAGAUGA